GGGGCUCCUGGCCUGGGGCUUUGGGAGAGGCAGGUGAGGCAGGAGAAUGAACAGUAAGAAAGGGGCAGCCAAAGCUGUAUCAGGGAAGUGGCAGUCAUCACCUCCAGGGCCCAAGCCAAGAGCUGCUGCUGGGAGACCCGGAGAGAAUCGCCAGCCGCAGAGGAAGACAGGCCGGGUGGCGAGAGGACCCGCACCCCCGGAGAUCCCUGAGGCCCCUGCAGGGCCGACUGAGGAGGACCGGGCAGCCGCUCUCAUCCAGCGUGCCUUCCGGCAGCACCUGGCCCGGCAGGAGCUGGCCCGGCGCCGGCAGGAGCGGCAGGACUACCUGGAGCAGAUGGAGAAGCUGCAGAGAGAGGCCUACCUGGCCUUGGUGCGCAGGGAGCAGGAGGCGGCGCGGCGGCAGCGGCAGCAGGAGGAGGCGGCGCAGCGCGAGCGGCAGGAGGAGCUGCGGCGCCGCGGCCGCCUGCUGGACGCCGCCUUCGAAGGAGACCUGGGCGAGAUCCGGGCCGUCCUGCAGGAGGUCAGUGGGGGCGGCGGGCGCGGCGGCGUGGCGGCGCGAAGUGACGCGCUGCUGGCCCGGCAGGUGGAGCAGCUGCUGACCCGCGAGGGCGUGGGCCACGACGAGGAGGGCCGCGCGCGGCGGCUGCGGCGGCGCGUGGCCGCGGUGGAGUGCGAGGACAGCCACGGGAACACGCCGCUGUCCGAGGCGGCCGCGGGCGGGCAGGCCCUGGCCAUCCAGCUGCUGGCCGAGUUGGGCGCCAGCCCCAACAGCAAGGGCGCCUUCGGCCGGACGCCGCUGUACCGGGCAGCCUUCGGGGGCCACCUGCAGGCCGUGGAGGUGCUUCUGAAGCUCGGAGCAGACCCCCGGGUGUACGCGGAGGACGGGAGCACCCCUGAGCAGGUGGCCUCACUGGACACAGUGGCUAGCGUGCUACGGACGUGGGACCUGAGCCUCACGGAGGCCAUGCUCCAGAACAUGGAGGCCGAGCGGCAGCGCCGGGCCCAGGAGGACGAGAGACACAAGGAGGCGGAGGCCCAACGCCUGAGCCUUAGGGUGCAGCAGCUGGCCAAGGAGCAGCACCAGUGCCACAAGGAGGUGAGCUGUGGCCUCUGGCCUCCCUCAAGGGGGCGGGGCAGGGGACUGUGGAAGGACCUCUGCGGGGCUGCUCCCCAGCUGCAGCAGGCCUACUGCGAGCUCAGCCGCAGGAUCGCCGAGCACGACAAGAGCGAGCGGAAGUGCACGGGCAGGACCGCGCUCACGCUGCAGGCCAUCAAGGACUCAGAGGCCCAGGUGGACAGGCUGCGGCAGGAAGCACAGAAGGCGGAGGAGACGCUGGCGAUGGCCAGGCUGGCGCUGCGGGAGCAGACCCAGGAGGAGGAGGCGGAGGCGCCUGGACUGAAGUGCCAGGUCACUGAGCUCCACGACGUGCUGAUGAAGGACGUGGGCGACCGCAUCCGUGCCGAUGGCCGGUGGCCUCUUGUCAUCGACCCUUCUGGCCAGGCGGCCACCUUCCUGCGCUACCAGGACACCAACUACCUGGACGCGGUGAACCCGGAGCACCUGAGGCCUGAGAGAAUGCGACUGGCGCUGCUGGGAGCGCUCAGGUACGGGAAGCCGCUGGUGUUCGACCUGCGGGAGGUGGACCUGUUCCCUGCGGUGCAGCGGCAGCUGGAGGCAGUGCAGCCUGGCCUGGCCCGAGCGCUGCUGAGCCGAGAGCUGCUGGCCGAGGAGCGGUACCUCUCGCUGCUGCGACCCUCCGACGGGCCCGAGUACGAACCCACCCAGUUCCAGGAGGCGCGCCUGGAGCACUUCCGCCUCUUCUUCGUCACCCAGGCCCAGUGGCCACCUGCGGAGCAGCUGCAGGUGCUACUCCCCGUGCGGGUGGACCUGCCCCGCCCAGGCCUCUGAUCUGCACCCAAUAAACAGUGCUGGGGUGACAGGUCUGUGACUGAGUGGGCAGCUGUCGACCCGCCAUAAACACUGGGAGGCCCCCAAGCAAUCAGGCAGGUGAAGCACCACAGAGGGAGGUGGCGUGGGCAGGCACACCUAGGCACCAGCCCUGCUGGGCAGACCAGCGCCGAGGGCAGGUGGGCGGAUGGACGGACACAGGCGGGUAAAAUGUAGUCAAUUUUAUUCUCCUUAAACCACAAAAUAGAGUCUUUGGUUGUACAAACAUCACUAGUUACAGUCUCGCCAAGAGAACCCGGCCUGGGGCGGGGCAGUCAGUCACAGCCAGGCUCCAAGGAGCUCUUCAAAAUCUAACACCCAGGUUAAAAGGCUUGGGGCAAGGGUAGCGCUGGAGCUGGCAGGGCCCCCACCCCAAGUCCGGGGAGGCCCUGCCCCCCUAGGAGGGCACAGGACCCAGACCCCGGCGCCCAGGCCGCAUGGGACGUCGGCUGCUGCACAGCGUCAUGUCUUCGGGGCCCACAGCACUGGGGGAGGGCCUGCCUAGGAGCACCAGGGCCACCUCUCCAUCCUCCUCCUGUGGGCCUGGGGGUGGCGGCAGGGAGUGAGCCCAGGGUGACCGGGCACCCUGGGACCUCAUGCCCAGCCCAGCACCAACUCACCAGGGCUAGGAGUUGGUUCCAAAGACCUCAGAUCCUCAACAAAAUCUGGCGACUGUGAUGGGGAGAGGGGCUGGUCAGGGCUGGUCCAGACCUGCCUGAAACCACCCUGGUCCACCCUGGUGGACCUGGCUGGGCUCCCGGGCUCUGAGGCCCACAGAGCCUGC